AGCCAAGAAGAAAAGACAUUUUUUUGAAGAGAACGACAAUUUAAGAAUUUCUUUUCUAGAAGAGAUUUUUGGUGAUUUUCUUCAAGUACCGGAAUUCGGCUGCAGAGCCAGAGAAUUUUCAAGUGGCUCAACCCAAGAAGCAAAAUGCGGAUCUAGGUCGUGCUCAUCCGACUGCAACCUAUGCAAAUAUGUCUCUGAUUUUGAUCACCGGAAUGCCAGGUGUUGGUAAAACCACCAUAAUGCGUAACUUGGGUUCGGAAUUGCGCAACCGCUCGAUUCCGUUUGAUGGAUUUUAUACGGAGGAGCUGAGAGGAACUUCAGGAGAACGUUGCGGUUUCGAUAUAAUCACAUUCGAUGGCAGAAAAGCUCCCCUAGCUAGACUCAGCGGAACAGUGAAAGACGCACCAGCAAAAAAUCGCGUUGGCCGCUACACGGUUUGUGUUCCAGAGUUUGAAAGCCUAGCCUUGCCGGCACUCGGUAAUCGUUCGGCCAAUUUGCUGCUACUGGACGAGAUUGGCAAAAUGGAACUCAAAUCGGGCCCGUUCGAGGAUUGCUUAAAACAAAUUGUGGGCAGCGUCGAGCGUCAUGAGAAGUUGUUCUUCGUUGCAACUAUUCCACUGAAAGCAACACUGAACAUUGUGGAACGUUUGAAAAAGGUUCGAGGGGUCCAGCUGUUCCACGUUACGAUCGCCAAUCGAAAUCAACUGCAGCACCAAAUUGUUGAGGCAACUGUUCGGAUGCUUGGUAAGGCAAUUUAAGACUGUGGUCAGUUACACGUAACUCGAAAUACUUACAAUAUAUUUUCCGUUUCAAUAGUUAUAAAUAAAAAUAAAAUGUCGUAA